CGCGGCGCUUCGAUGAUUUGUCCCUUCCAGCUUUCCGUACAUUCAAAGCUUCCUGUGUUGUGUAAAUAUGUGGAUCGGGUAUAUUUAUUGAUUUCUCUACAGAGGUUUUGUUCAAUUAUUCCGUGGCUUAAGUUAAUUGAGAACGUUACCAUAGUUGGAAAUAAAAUGGAGACCGAAAAUCGAACCAAAAAGAGAUCUCAUGGGGAGGAUGAAAGGUCAGGCUCAGAAGGAUCGGAGGAUGACGAUUACGUUCCAUAUGUGCCAGUCAAGAUAAGAAAACAACAAAUGCUACAAAAGAUGUUACGUCUGCGAGGAAAAGCAGUGGAUGAGGAGCAGAAGGACAGUGGGGAGGAGCAGCGGGAUGAAGAUGAGGGCCUUGGUCCACGCUCCAAUAUCAGUCUCCUUGACCAACAUCAGCAUUUAAAGGAAAAAGCGGAAGCACGUAAGGAGUCAGCCAAGGAGAAGCAGCUGAAAGAAGAGGAGAAGAUUCUUGAGAGUGUAGCAGAGGGCAGAGCUCUGAUGUCAGUGAAGGAAAUGGCCAAAGGUAUCAUAUAUGAUGAUCCAAUAAAAACAAGCUGGACGGCACCUCGCUACAUCCUGAAUAUGAUGGACACUCGACAUGAGCGCGUCAGGAAGAAAUUUCAUAUCCUGGUUGAUGGAGAGGGCAUCCCUCCUCCAAUCAAAUGCUUCAGGGAGAUGAAGUUUCCACCAGCAAUUCUGAAAGGUUUGAAAAAGAAGGGUAUUGUACAUCCCACACCAAUUCAAAUCCAAGGAAUCCCUACAGUUCUGUCAGGUCGGGACAUGAUUGGCAUCGCCUUUACUGGUUCUGGAAAGACUUUAGUCUUCACUCUGCCCAUCAUCAUGUUUGCCCUGGAGCAGGAGAAAAGGCUGCCGUUUUUUAAGAGAGAGGGACCAUAUGGACUCAUCAUCUGUCCUUCUCGAGAGUUGGCGAGGCAAACACAUGGCAUCAUAGAGUACUACAGCAAACUGCUGGAGGAGGAGGGAGCCCCUCAGCUGCGCACCGCCCUCUGCAUAGGAGGAAUGUCUGUCAAGGAGCAGAUGGAAGUAGUAAAACAUGGUGUCCACAUGAUGGUCGCCACCCCUGGCAGACUGAUGGACUUGCUGCAAAAGAAGAUGGUGAGUCUGGACAUCUGCCGCUAUUUGGCUCUGGAUGAAGCUGAUAGGAUGAUUGACAUGGGCUUUGAGGAAGACAUCAGGACCAUCUUCUCAUAUUUCAAGGGACAAAGGCAAACCCUGCUUUUCAGUGCCACUAUGCCCAAGAAGAUCCAGAACUUUGCCAAGAGUGCGCUUGUCAAACCCAUCACUAUCAAUGUGGGCAGGGCAGGUGCUGCCAGCUUGGAUGUCAUCCAGGAAGUGGAAUAUGUCAAAGAGGAGGCCAAGAUGGUGUACCUGCUAGAGUGUCUCCAGAAGACGCCACCUCCUGUGCUGUUAUUUGCUGAGAAGAAGGCUGAUGUAGAUGCCAUUCAUGAGUAUCUGCUGCUAAAAGGAGUGGAGGCAGUGGCCAUCCAUGGAGGAAAAGAUCAGGAGGAAAGAACCAAAGCCAUAGAAGCAUUCAAAGAAGGAAAGAAAGAUGUCUUAGUUGCCACAGACGUUGCCUCCAAAGGUCUGGAUUUUCCAGCUAUACAGCAUGUGGUGAACUAUGACAUGCCGGAGGAGAUAGAAAACUAUGUCCACAGAAUUGGAAGAACUGGCCGAUCGGGCAAGACUGGUAUUGCCACUACAUUUAUCAACAAAGGCUGUGAUGAGUCGGUACUGAUGGACCUGAAAGCCCUUCUAGUAGAAGCCAAGCAGAAGGUUCCUCCGGUCCUCCAGGUGCUCCAAACAGGAGAUGAGACCAUGCUGGACAUCGGAGGAGAGAGAGGCUGUACAUUCUGUGGUGGUCUGGGUCAUCGUAUUACAGACUGUCCUAAGUUGGAGGCCAUGCAGACCAAGCAGGUCACCAACAUUGGGCGGAAAGACUACCUGGCUCAUAGUUCAAUGGACUUCUAAGUUGUUUUUUCAUCAGAGGCAUGAUUCUCCGAAACUAAACAGAACUGAGAAGGAAAUCGCACGGUUAUGUGUCAUGUCACUGAACUAAGGAAGCGUAUCAUACUCAUUUUUAUCUGAGUUUCUUGUACUGUUAAUUCAAAUGUUUGGUUGCUUUCACCUUUUUCACCCAGGUUUUCUCCUACCUGUCCCGUAUGAGUAGUUUUUGUAACAUAUAUUUUUGAUACUUAGAUUGUAAAUAAAAACCACUAUA